UUUUCGGUCUUAGGUUAGACCACAAAUAUUGCAAAGGAAAGAAAAUGGCUGAAGUUUAUAAAGACUUACGGCAAAAGUUACAGUCACCUCACAGCAGCAGUGAAAAGAGAAAGAAGCACAGAUCAGACAAAGACAAAAACAAUUCAAAAUCCUACUCCAAACAUAAAUCUCAAAUCAGGGAUGAGGGGGAAACAGAAAGAGAACGUGAAUUACGUAAAGUUCAUUCUGGGAUCGAACAGAUUCGCGUGUUCGAUCAGGAGCAAUGUUCAGAAAUAGAAAACAAGAUUGACUUGGUUGUAAAAUGUGGUGAUAAGGGUGGGUUUAAGGAGCAUACACUAGAUAGAGCUCCUUUGAGAAAUAAGUAUUUCUUUGGUGAAGGUUACACGUAUGGAUCUCAGUUGGAAAGAAAAGGUCCAGGAAUGGAAAGGUUAUAUCCAAAAGGAGAAGUUGAUGAAAUACCAAAAUGGAUACAUGACUUGGUUAUUACUCCACUGGAAGCUGCAAAUAUAAUCCCAAAGGAUUGGGUAAAUAGUGCCGUUAUCAAUGACUAUAUGCCUGGAGGUUGUAUUGUUUCACAUGUUGAUCCUAUCCAUAUUUUUGAUCGACCUAUAGUUUCAGUGUCAUUUUUCAGUGACAGUUAUUUGUGUUUUGGUUGUAGGUUUUCAUUUCGACCUAUCAGAACAACAGAGCCAAUAUUAUGUUUACCAGUUGGACAAGGCUGUGUAACUUUGCUCAGUGGUUAUGCUGCAGACGAGAUCACUCAUUGUAUCAGACCCCAAGAUAUCAAAGAGAGAAGAGCAGUUGUCAUUCUAAGAAGAGUUCUAGAUGAUGCUCCACGCUUGCCAGCCGAAAUUUCAAGCUCAUCUAAGAAAAGAAAACAUGCAUCUGAUUCCGAUUCUGAGAGUGAUGAUGGUCAAAGAAAGAGUAACAAGAAGCAUAAGCAUAAAAGAUCCAGCCAUGAUCACUACAAUAGUAAUGGUAGAAGGCAUCGUAGUGGUUCAUACUCCAGCGAUGAUUCAAAUGAGAAUCGUUCCAGUCACAAACAUCGCAGAGAAGUGCGUUACCACAAGAAGUCCUGAAUGGCACAUUUUGCCUAUAAUUGCAUAUUUCCUGUGAUUUGUGUUUUUCUGCAUUUUUGAAUCAAAUUUUCACAACCACAUUUUGCCAAGUUGUACAUACAUGUAACAAGCCUUCUAUGUCAUUUUAAUAUAACAUUCAUAAUAACAUGUAUUAAUGUACAUGUAUUGACCAUCAAAGAAAAUCAAAUCAUAUUAUUUUCUGAAAUAAUCAUAAAAUUUAAAGACAAAAUAAAACUAAUUUUUGUUUCCUGUUUAAAAUUGCACUAAAAAGUUUUGAUGAGAUUUGGAUGCUACAAUUUUACUUCUUUCAUUCAAAAUUUGACCAUCUUAAAUUUUUAUAGUGAAUACAAAAUCUGGGAUUUUUACGUCAAAUCGGACAUAUUUUUUCAUUUAAUUCACUUCUCCAAGAUGUGUUCAUGUAAUAGAUUAAAGUAUUAGUAUUGUAGACUGUAUUCCCCCUCCUCUCUCCUUAAAAUUAAAAGAAAAGAUAUGAAAACAAGGGGUUGUAAAGAAUGUGUUUGAGAGACUGAAUAUAUACAUGUAUAUUAUCAGUUUUUAGCUAAAAAAAAAUCUACAAAAAUUUAGGAACUGAACUAAAAGCCUAAUUUGCAUUUCAUUGAUUAUCAAUUAUUAAGUUGGAGAAUGUAUUUUGUAAUUUUUUUUUAAAGACUUGGCUUAUAAUUUUGAUUUCACUGCAUCAUAGAAAAGGUGAACUUUUGUUCCUAUACCGUUAAUACUCAUCUUUAAAUCAAAACUAGCAUGUCAUUUCAGAUCCUAUAAUUAAAAUUUCUUCUUCAGAUCUUUCAAUGCCAUGUACAACAUGUACAAUGUAUAUCAACAUUAUUUUUUUGUGUGGUUAUAUAUUGGUUUGACCAAUAUAGCUUGGAUAUUUUAUUAACAGAUUUUACCUCAGUGUAUGUUAUACAUGGUGCUUGUUCAAUGUUUCUACAUAGUUAAAUAUAGUAUAGUAAUUAAUAUUACCAAAUUAUUAUUCGCUAUAUAUAGUCGCUUGUUUUUAAUUAUUUGUAAGGUGGGAAUAAGUGAUAGCUUGACUUGAUUAUGAUUUGAAAUUUUGAAUAUUUAUUAUUAGUAUGGCAACAAUUAAUUAUAAUCCUCUCUCAAUGAAGGUGGACAUAGUGUUUCAUUUUUCUCUUGUAUUUAUCAUGAGUAUUAGAUUUUGUCUUAUGGAUUGAAAAAUGUAUUAAAGAGAAUCAUGGUCAACAGUUUAAAAAAAAAUGACUUGUGAAUGUCAGAUAUUCUAAUGUGAUGAGUAAAUAAACAGAGGCUUCAAAGUGAAAUGUUUAUGUAUAAGCUUUCUUUUGACAUGAUUGCCUCUUACUAUUAUGAAUAAUAAUUUCAAUUUCAAGAUCUUAAAUAAUUAAUACAAACCUUGUUCGUUUAUCUGUAAGUUAAAUGACUUGCAUACAUGUAAACCUGAAGAAAGUGGUACAUGUAUUGAUUGUCAUUGUGUGUUAUGUGAAUUCUUACAAUGCAAGUUUGAAGUUAAUUAAAAGAAACCAAAUAUGUCUUAUAAGAAUUGAAAAGAAAUUAUUCCAAAAAAAAAAUUAUACAUUUCAGAUGUUACAUUUGAUCAUAUUCCUUAAAUAAAACAUGUUUUUUCUUCAAAAAAUUUCAAGAGUCUUUUUCAGUUUUGUAUUCUUUUACACCAUAUUAAGUUAAACAUAUUUGCUUGAAAAGGCAUAAAAUUAUCAAAAAUUAAUGUGUUUUAAAUACCAAUUUGAAUUUGGGUUGGUAAUUUUCCCCAAAUUAAGCUCAUUGUUUCUUUGCUUGUAAAAUACUGACUGGUAUUCUUUUGUUGAAACUCAUUAACGAUUGCAUUUGUUAUUUUUAUUUUGUUGUUUGUUGAUUGUUUUGUUUUUGCAAGUUUUGAAGUUCAAAUCUUACUUUUAGAUAUAUUUCCUUAAAAUGCAUGCUUCAAAGAGCCAUUGUUUGGGUAUUUCUGCAAGAUGUUUUUUCUACAAUUGUCAUUUGUUGACAAAUAUGUGGAACUCUCUGGGAAAAGCACUAGCUUAAUUUAUUCUUAAAAUCUUGACCUUAUUAUCCUGUCACCAACAAACAUACAUUUUAAAACUUUCGUUCAGAUACCUAUAGUUCAGCUUUGCUUUGAUGAGUAUCCACUAAAGCAGAUCUAAUAAAUAAAAAAAACACCCCUUUUCUGGAAAAGCUGUCCAAAUGAUCAUCAAAAGUAAAAUUUUACAAUAAACAAGAUAUACAUGAGUUAUUUACCAAUGGUUUCAUUAAAAACAAGGUGACUUCUGAUUUGCAUGCUCUGAAGGGUAUUAAAAGUGUG